AUCCCAGUGCAACCUGCUUUUACUGGAACCUUCAACCAAGAAAUCAGUAACUAUGACCGAUCCCUUAGAGCCAUAUCUAAAGUUUUCCAAGGCAGACCGACACCCACAUACUCCAGCGUUGGAGGUAACCCUCACUGAGUAUCGAAAUUUCUAUACCGAGAACCCGGAUGGAAAUUACAUAAAAGUAACUAUUGCGCGAUCCAAGGAGCAGCAGGAACACAAGCCAUGCUAUUUCUACUGGUCCCCCAACACCGAUGAAGGAUUUAGAGUCUUCCGUGACAGGCCCGGUGAGGGCGUAGAGGAGGUGGAACUACGGUCCAAUUUCUCCUUACCAGUAACGCAGCAAUCAGGCUCCCCCCACCUUUGGUACCUGGGUGCAGAAGGUAAAGCCGUGUCGUGGGAUAUCCCUCUCGGAGAGAGUAUAUCCCCAGCAGCUGAGAAAGAUGAAUGGAUUAUAUACGAUCUCUUCUGGCCCGGGGACGAGGUGUAUCUUUGGGAUUGGGGAUCGAAGGAUACCAACAAGGAGAAGUUGGAAAGCGCGGAGCUGAAGCCGAAAUCAACCCCAAUAAUACUGCCUGGGGGUGCACGGUGCAGAUUCUGUAUGAUCGAAGGUAGUGCGCCGCCGCCGCCACCAAGGCCAUUGACUCCUCCAAUCCUCGAACUAGAUCCCAGUACCCUCACCCCAGGCGUGCCCAUUUUCAGCCUCGAGAUUGAAGGCCCGCCGACAUGGAGAACCCAAGAAAGGUGGCCGUUGACCUGGAAGCUUACCUACCACGGGGUAUCAGGAGACGAGACCCCUCGACCAAUUACUUUCUCAGUGAGUGACUUGUAUGAUUGGGAGGUAUCUUGUUUUUAUCGGCGUAGCCAGGAUACUGGAGAGUGGGAAUCAUGGCGCGGCGAUGGUGUGUGUGGAUACGCCUUGUUCGAGGAUGAAGACGUCCCACGCGCAGAGGAACUUGAGAUCAUGCUCGAUCUACCAGAAGAUGCUCGAGAUGGGGAGGUCAUGCGACACCGAUUCAAAGGAUGCAAAUGGACUUGGUGGGAUUGGGGAACGAAGGAGGAUCAUUUGGAUACCAUUGUAAUGGUAGUCGGAUUCGGGGUGAUCACUAAGCCCGCUGACAAUGACGGACGGCCGGAGGUGGUGGUACCGGCUUCGAAUAUGGUGGAGUUUACAGUUAUAGAACAAGAGAGGGAAACAUAG